AUUGUUCUUGUGUUGCAAUGUCGCUCUUGUACCACACACAUUUCUCUGUUCUCUCUCACAAACAGGAUUCAUUUGUUUGGCCCUGAAACCCUUUUUUUUUUUACGAGUGACCUCCAAGGUGUUCUAAAUUUUUGCCUCUCAGAUAUCAGUAUUACUCCUUUGUAUCGAUUCACAAACUCGGGACAAAGUGCAAAAAAGAUAAGCUCAGUGUUUUUGGGGAGGAUGACUCAGACAGGUUGACGUUUUCUAUAAGAGAAAGCGAAUCGACCGUCAUGAUUAGUUGCGUCCGUAUGUUUUCUCCUUGUUUCUCUCUUUUCUUGGUCGUGAGAAUGAGAGCUGAAGUGCUGUGAAGUGUUGAAUUUGUACCAAACCCAGAAUCAACCCCUCGAACAGAAGAGGGAGUUGAGUGUGACUGUUCCCACAAAAUCGUGUCUGUAUUAAAAUGAAUUCACUUCGAAAGUGGCUGUACAAACCAAAGAAACAUGAUACAUCAUUGCUGGCCCAGUUUUACUAUGCAGAUGAAGAGCUUAAUGCUGUGGCCACUGAGUUGGAUAGUUUCGAUGGAAGGAAAGACCCAGAACGGUGCGCAUCACUUGUGUACCAGCUCAGACAGUGCCAGGACAAGGUGCUGACAAUAUGUAGCCAGUUGAUGGAUGAAGUAAUGCCCAUUGAAAGAGCGUGCAGGGAUUUUAGAUCCAAAUUUCCUGAUGAUGUUUUGCAGGAGAAUUUAGCUGGCCAGUUAUGGUUUGGUGCUGAAUGCCUUGCAGCCGGUUCAAGCAUUCUAAAUAGAGAAACGGAAAGUGCAGUCAUGCGUCCUUUGGCGAAAGCCUUAGCUAAAUCAUUGGAGACGGUGCGAGAACAACUGCGCGAGCAGUGCCUCCGUAAUUCAAUGGAAUUUCCUGACAAGCUACGCGACAGCCUCUGCUUGUUUGAUAGGCUUUUCGCCGAAUUUGAGUUGAGUUACGUCAGCGCUAUGGUUCCAGUUAAAACAGCGCUCGAAUAUAACCAUCAGCAAGACAUUAUCGUCCUAUUCUCCGAGACGUUACAACGUGCCUUAAGUCUGGGCCUUUUGUCCCAAGAUUUGGUCGAUGCCUGUGAUCCUGCACUUAUGUUCACUAUCCCGCGGCUUGCCAUCGUUUGUGGCUUGCUUGUCCUUCCCGACGGGCCACUCAAUCUUCAGCGGCAGCUGUCAGAACUCUUCCGACCUUUCCGUAAUCUACUGUGUAAAAUUCGUGACCUGCUUUGGACUUUAACUAGCCAAGAGUUGCAGCUUCUUGAAAAGGCUCUGUGCUCUACGGAUCCAACCCCCACAUCAGAUUCUUCUGGUACUUAUCCCAUGUGCAAAGCGGAUGAGUACAUAACAAAGUUUCACCAGGAUUAUCCUACCACGCAGAGAGUGGCAGGAAAGCUGUCGCAAAAGAACAACAGUAGCAACGCCGCUACGGCGCCGGAGGUGGAAAGCACUGACCAAGGUCGGACUGGGCAAUCGGUUGAGCGAAGAACGAGUGAUGAAGGCGAUACCAGCUCGUGUUCUAGUACAUCGUCAGCUUGCGGUACGAAUUGCGACAGCUCCUCUGUCACGUCCGCCGCCUCUGAAUGUCAAGAUGAUGAAGAAAUUGCGUUAGCCCUUCAGGCAGCCGAGAUCGCAUCUCGGAAUCAAAUUCGUGGUCGAUUCAAGAGCAGCGAAGAUCUUAUACACAGACUCUUUGUCUGCAUUUCUGGUGUGGCUGACCAACUACAGACCAACUUCGCAUCAGAUCUACGCGCUAUUCUCAAGGCCGUCUUUCUGAUUAACGCGUCUCCGACGGAGGAGGAACCAGUGGAAGAAGCUGAAGAAGGCGAGGAGGAGGUUGAUAGUGGCAACUCGGCAUUGUUAGACGAUGCCUGGUAUGUCAACAAUAGCUCAUUCUUGACAUUCCCUGGUCAGCAGUUUCAGCAAGAGACGUCUGAAGAGGAAAGGCGAAGCUCUUUACCGAGCAAUGUGCCUUUUCGUCUCCGCCAAUCAACACCGACACCAAACGGGUCACCUGUAGAUGACGAUGACAGUGGGCUGCAUCAACAGGAUAACGCAGAAACAGAUUCCCUUGAUCAAACACCGCCCUCCAGUCUGAGUCAGACAUCGGAUGGAACGCCUCCUUUAACUAUGCAUCGGCCCACCUCCGCACCCUACUCUGAUAGCCCCAGUACAUUCCCGCUUAAUCCGCAGCUUUCGACACCGCCGGCCUGGAUUCCUGAUGAAUCGGCACCGCAUUGCAUGUCCUGCCAAUCGGUUUUCACAGUCGUGCGCCGCCGUCAUCAUUGCCGAAAUUGUGGUAAAGUAUUUUGUGGCAAGUGCAGCGCCAAUGCUGUUCCAUUACCUCGUUACGGACAUGUUAAGCCGGUCCGCGUCUGUAAUCGGUGCUUCAUGUUCCACGUGACCCAUUUUGCCGUGACGGAAGCAUCUCUCUCCUAAUAACGAGCCUACAAUUCCUCUGUCUCCUAUCAACAUCUUGCCCGUUUGAUGCACUUUUCCAGAAGAGACUACGCACAAUAUCUAUCUACACAGGAUGCCGUAUUGACCAUGGUGACGAAAAUCUAUGAAAUUGACCUUCAACAAAAUCAACAAGUCCAACUACUCCCUUGGUUCGUCCCUUCCCCACACUGUAUUUUUUAUUAUUAUUCUCCGGGCAUCGUCGAAUUUACAUUUUGCGGGUGGUUAGUGGCCGGACGAAGCCAUGUUGCCUUGUACAGUUCGCUUAUCUCGCCCUCAAUAACCACACAUGCGCCUUCCUUUGUUCCUUUCUGUAUUAUUAUUAUUAUCAUCAUUUUUUCUUUUGUCCUUCUAUUGAAGCAAUUAUUUGAUUGCGAAAGUCUUAAUUGUUGGAGCAAACUUUCUGGCAAUCGAUGGCCUCCGUGAGACCAAAAAUGUGAAUUUUUUCCCUCCCCUUUCCAACUUAAGCCAGAUAAAAAUAGAAGGAACGGAAGGAAAGUGUUAGAAAAAUUCGAACAACUUAAUCUGGUGUUGGUUGGUUUUGUUAAGGUUCGGAUCGAGCUGCAUAACCUGCCCUUACAAUCUUUGCAGUUUUCCUGCCAGUUUUCCCCAUCCCUUACCAAUGUCAUUCGAUUCAAGCCCAGAAGUUGUUUUGGUCUUUGUUCAAUCCGAAAGGAAACGAAGAAUGUGUAUUGUACAUUCAAUCCCAUUUCUCUACCCCCAUUGGUAUUCGAUUUAAUACCACCAUUUUUGCUGGACACACUGCUGCUGACCUGUUAUAUUAUAUAUUCUCCUUCUUUACGAUAGCUACGCAAUAAUAAAUUUGUUGUUUCCGAUCA